AUGGAAUUGUUUGACUGCAGCCCCCAGAAAUAUGCAUCGUUCCCCCACUGGCUUCGGCGCCAGCUAUUCGAAUCACCCCGACCAGUAUCCGAUGUCGACUUGACAGGAAAGGUAGCAAUCGUUACUGGGGCCAACCAGGGCAUCGGUUUCGAGGUUGCCGAUCAACUCCUCGCUCUAAAGAUCACCAAGCUCAUUAUAGGCGCUCGGAAUGAGGAUAAGGGAAAAUCUGCGGCAAAGACACUGGAGGCCAAGCACAAGUUAUCGCCCGGCUCAAUCGAGGUGUGGAAGCUGGACAUGCUAGAUUAUGCCACGAUCACAAAGUUCGGUGAGCGGGCAAGCCAGCUCGAAAACCUCGACAUUGCAGUACUCAACGCUGGAAUUUUCAGGAAGGAGAUGAUCAUCAACGAGUUAACAGGCCACGAGGAAGAUAUCCAGACCAACUAUCUAUCCACUGUGUUACUAACACUCCUCCUUCUACCUACCCUCGAAUCCAAGAAGCGGGCGUCCAAUCUCCCGGGGCGAUUGACCAUUGUUUCCUCCGAUAUGUCUGGCAUGACUAAGUUCGUUGAGCAGGAUGGAGACCCGCUGCUGGCUACCCUUGAUAAGCGAGAUGCCUACAAGUGGGAUGCGUUUGAACGUUACGGCACUUCUAAGCUACUGGGCCAGCUUUUACUGGCCGAAUUGGCAAAACACGUCUCGCCAUCGGCCGUGAUAAUCAACGCGGCCAACCCCGGCCUUUGUCACGGCUCAGGCCUAAGCAGGGAUGUCGAAGGGGAAGGGAUGGCAUAUAGGGCUGCUAUGGCUCUCUACUUUGGUCUCUUGGGCCGCAAGUCCGCCGUCGGUGCCCACGUGGUGAUGAAUGCCGCCGUCAAGCAAGGGGAGAAGUCGCAUGGCCAAGCCAUUGACGGCAACAAGAUCAGACCGAUGGGGCCAUUUGUCUACUCGCCCAAAUCAGAAGAGGUCACUCGCCGGCUAUGGAAGGAGACAAUGCAGGAGCUCUCAUUUGCUAACGUAAAAAUCGAUGGGGGAAUCUAG